UUUCUUGCUACCCAUCUUUUUUUUUUGUCUCCACUGUCUCGUCUUCCAUCCAAGUAGUGAUCAUCGUUCACGUCUUUGUCAGCGGCGACCAUCUCAGGGCAAUCCCGUCGGAUACACGCAAAUCGAUUCAAUCUCUGAUUAUACUCGAUCGUUUACUUUUGAGUAGUUGGAUUUUGAUUUUCAUAGAGAGUCCAAUUGCUUUAUCUCCAAGAAGAAUUAGGCAUUUGUCUGCUCUAGUUUAGGUGAUGGAUACAAGCGAUUGGAGGUUUAAGCUGCAAGCAGCUUCAAGGAGAAGGAUGGUGAACAGGAUAAUGGUUACCUUCAAGAGGCAUAUUCCGGACUCUGGACAAGAGGGUUUAGAUGAACUUAAUAAAAUAGCAGUGAGAUUUGAAGAGAAGAUGUAUAAUGCUGCAACAAGCCCGGUUGAUUAUUUGCAGAAGAUAUCAUUGAAAAUGGAGAGCAUGGAACGACCUAGGAUCCCCAUGCCAGCUGCACAAGCACAAGGUCAUUGGAAUUGACUAAUUUGUAAAUUUGUUGGAUAAUUUAGUAUGAAUAAUCAACAACUUUAAACUCUGUUAGUUUUCUAUGGUUAUUGCUUAGUUGUCAAACAAUUUAAUUGUUGUACAAGAUUGCGUUAGAUUCACCAAGUCUAUGAAUAUAAACUUUAAUUUUGAUCG